UCUUGAUAUCAAAAUCUACUUCAAACUGCUCAUAAUACCUGUGGAUUUCCGUCUGGCCGCGCAGAAUGGGUGCAUCGCAGUCCACGGCGUCACAAAUCCCAUCUCGGGCCCUACAUGUCCUCCGUGUUACCCCGUCCUCCCCCGCGUCCCAUACCAACAUAGAACCCUACUUCGACUUUGUGAUUGGAUAUAAGGGCGAUGUGCACUCCUUCAACACGAUCGAAGCGUCCGAGCUGGAACGGAUAGUCGAGAGGCAUGAAGGGAGGAACCUAUACCUUGUCAUGUGGAACAGCAAAACCCAGAGUUCACGCAUUGUCCUCGUAGUGCCUUCACGCGAUUGGUCUUCACCGCAUGCGAAUAUCCCGGACCCCCAGGAGCCCGAGGCCGAGCGGAAGCCUUCUCUGCUUGGCUUGAGCAUGCGCAUGUGCGAACCGGAGUUUGCCAUGGACAAUGUCUGGCACGUUCUGGACGUGCUCGAGGGCAGCCCCGCGGAGAGCGCAGGCCUAGUGCCGUAUGGGGACUGGAUUAUUGGCUGGUCUGGCGGCGUUCUGAGCGCAGAAGGGGACUUCUACGAUGUUGUCGAAGCGCAUAUCGACAAGCCGUUGCGCGUGUAUGUUUAUUCUUACGACUUCGACACCAUCCGCGAGGUGGUAUUGAUUCCCAACCGCCACUGGGGCGGGGAAGGUUUGCUGGGCUGCGUUUUUGGGUUCGGACUACUGCACCGGAUACCACCCCUUCCGGCGGACCGCGAGCCGGGUGCCAUUCCACCGGAGCUCGCCCAAGAUGAAGCGGACGACGAGGAGUACGAAGAACAGCAGCUCUUCGUCCCGGCGGAUCUGCCCGGGACAGCGGAGACUCCCGAGGAGCUCGAGGAACGGCUACGCUGGGAGCAAGAGGAAUGGGAUCGUCAGCAGUCAUACGCGGCAGCGUACGAGCAAGGGCAUGACCAGGCUUAUCGGCCCUCCUCUGCAUACUACGGCGAGGACGACCAUGAGAACGAGCACCCCCACAUGCAUGCGCAUGCGCAUGACGCAGAUUUCCAGCACGGUGCCCACCAGGUUGAAACACCGCACGCUUCUCAUUCACACUCGCAUUCGCACUCGCACGACGCGCACGACGAUCACCACCACCAUGAUCACCACCAUGAUCACACGUCUGCACACGGGAACGGGCAUGCACACCAUGAUCACGACCACGACCACGACCAUGACCACGAUCAUGACCACGACGGGCAUGACCACGCGCACGAAGAUAGCCACGCAGACGAGGACGACAGCCAAAAUGGUGCAGGUGCGAGCGCAAGUGGAGCGGCCCCCGCACCGCCACAGACCCCCGCAGCCCCCGUCCCUCGCCCGGCCCAGCGGACGCCGUCGAUCUCGUUCGCAAGUCCGCGCGCGUCGACGCCCACGCCCACGCGCCCGUUCGGCGCAUACAUCAACGGUGGUUCGUCGCGCCAGUCCUGAACGUUCUCGCACGACACUCAACGCUGCCCCCUUUCUUCGCGCACGCCCAUUGAAGGUUUCGGCCCGGGCAUGAGUCCGCGCACGCCGUCCUGGGACGGGCGCGGCAUCGGGUUUGUCGGUGCGGGCGCGGGAGGACACGCCCGAAAUAUGUCGGGCAGUGGCGUGGGAGGGAGGGAGGCCGUUUGGGAGGGCGAGGGCGACGGGGAUGGCGAGAGUGUGGCGGACACCGACGCGACGGACAUGACGGAUACGACCGACGUCACCUCGCAGGGCAGUCUCACGAGCGUCGAUUGAACGCGCGAAGGAGGGCGUCGUGCCCUGCUGCGCGUCAUCUGUACUGGUUCUCGUCAUCGCUGAGCGCAUGUAAAAUGGUCGAGUUGCUCGUUUGCUAUAGCAUGCGGAAGACGUCGACGUUAGUGUUGUCACUUAUUUCGGACUUUGGGUGGAUAGGGGCAAUCUCCAG